AUGCCAAUAUUAGAAAACGUCCUGUCUAAUCCUGAUUCAGUGGUGUCGGAGAAGGCCUGUCUUUGUGUGUGUGAGAUUGUCGAAAGUUUCAGAUAUCAGAGCAAGGAACUGAAAGAGCUUGUCAGUGCCGAUUUGCUAGGUAAAAUCCUGGCUCUGCUCAAUCCUUCAGUUUCCAGUUCACAAGGAACUAGAUUUAAACUUCUGAAAGUAAUUGGUAUUCUGGCAAGAAACUUGACUAGUCUGACUGCUGUUAUGAUUCAUGAAAAGAUUGGCGAUACCAUUUAUCAAAUCUUGACGCAUCAUACGCCUAUGUUUGAUGGUUCGGACUCGCUUAAAAAAGAUAAUACGUCUAUUAUUCAAUCUUUGAUCCAUUCCAGUAGAGAUCUUAUGAUUACCUCUCUGUCUAUUGUAUCAGAAAUGUUACCUCAACCACAGCCAAGAGAAGGAUGCAAGUUUUCAGGUCCAUACCGUCUGCUGUAUCGGUCGGAGGAUAGGACAAGAGAGUCCAUAGAACGUCAAGAUAAGCUUCUCAGUGAGGAAUGCUUGCCAGAUGUAAUUCACUUUUGCCGUACAAUGACCUCUCUGUUGCUUGACGUCUAUUCAUCAUCCAUUGACAUCAAUGUUCGACGAGUUGAUCUACAGUGCCUUCUGAAGAUAGUAUCAAUCUUAGACCCUUCUUCAUUGCGUCUUGUCUUGGAAAAGCAAGAGCUUGCUUCUCUUCUCUGUUCUAUAUUCUCUCAGCCCGAGUUCCCAUCGCUGAUAGUUGGUGCAUUGGAAAUUGGAAUUGUUUUAUUGGAAAAACUGCCAGAAGUGUAUCGAUCAAGUUUCUAUAGACUUGGUAUUAUGUCAGAAGUGGCUACAAUUUUGGAACAAGAACAUGGAGGUGAGGGUUUAGUGCUUGCUGAAGAUGAGAAAGACACCGAUUCCAAGACUGACAAAAUGGAUCAAGAUAGUGAAGAUGAUGACCCACAAAACGAUAGUAUUCAUGCAGAUAGCUAUGAUCAUGCUGAUCGGGACAAUGAUGAGCAUGAUGACGAUGAUAAGAACGAGAGUGAAGGUGGUGAUGAGGAUGGUGAUGAGGAAGAAGAGGAAGAUGAAGAAGAUGACAGCGAGAUUCAUAAUGCGAAUUAUGGAGAAUUCAGAGCGGUUCGUUUGGGUGACUUUUUUGCACCUGGCUCCAGUCAAUCACUUGGAUUCGAGUCGGAUUUAUCAGAGCUAAUGAUUUAUAACGCCAGAUACCUUCAAAAUGCGUAUGAUGCAGGAGCAGUUGAUUCGGCUGGAUAUGAGGAUGAGGCAGCCCAGCUUUUAUCACAGUUGAAGCAAAUCACGACUGGGUUGGAAUCUAGUCAGAAUCUUGACGCUGCCCUAGAGUCAUUAUACGAAAUAAUUCCCGGUAUCUCCAGUUUCGAAAUGAUUCAUUCUGGCGUUCUGAAAGCACUACUUGAAUCUCUUGUUUCGGGUUCGGAAGAAGAUGUUCUUUUGGCCAGAUCAAAGUUUAUCAAGAUAUUUAUGACAGGAAAGGAUACCAGUCGUUUUGAAAUUCUGUUAGAUCACCUACAUGAAGUUCUAGGUCGGUCUGAGCAUUUUGAAAUUAUCACUAGUGGUAUUGGUGAUGGCUCUAAAGCGACACCUGCUAGCUCUCUUGCUCGUCAGGUGCGGAUCAAGCUUGUGGCUGAAAAUGGGAUUGAAAUUCCGAAGAAGCUUAGAAACCUUGUUUUAUCCAUACAGGCAAUUGCUACUUUCAAGGUUGUAGAUGAUUUUUUUCGAUCUAAACUGGCAUUGAACAUGCUCUUAUCUGGCAGAACUAUCGAACAGGAGUCGUCUACCUUGGAAGAAGACGAGGACGAGGACUUACAGGAUGUCGAUCCCGAUGAAAAACAAGAGCAGAGCAACGAUAAGGAAGACCGAGAGCAUAGCUCGCCAUUUCAUAGAUGGCAAUCGAAACUCGCGGCGUCUAGGGAUGAAUGGCAUCUCGAGUUUUCUUUGGACGGAGAAAGUAUUCCUAUGGAUGGCACUAUAGUAGGUGCUAUUUACAAAAGCCUAGAAGCUAAGCCAAAAUCUCAGGCUUUAUCAGGCCAGUCUGCUGUAAGAUCAGGAUUGUCUCAAUCAUCACAAUACAGAAACAAGUCGUUCCCGAAUAAUAUUUGGACAGACACCUUCACAAUUAAUUUCAGUAAAGUGCCGGGUCCUGCUCCUAAGACUGAACCAAAAGAUGAGGUAGAGGCCGAGGAACUGAAUCCCUUUAGUCAACUUCCUACUUCAUUUGGUAAUAGCGAGACAACUGCCAUUGCAAUUCGACUUCUAAGCAUCUUUUUUAUGUUGAAUUCUAACGGUGAGGAUAUAUUACAAGACUCAUUGGCUUUAUCUUACACGUCGCAGGGAAUUCCCCCACUUCAUUUUACCAAGAUUAGCGACUCCAAAUUUUUGAACUCUAAGUUAACUGCAAAGUUGAAUCGUCAGCUUGAAGAACCUCUGGUUAUAGCUAGUGCUAUAAUUCCUCCGUGGAUGGUUGAUUCCACUAGGUUGUACCCAUUCUUAUUUCCAUUUGAUACCCGCUACACGUUCUUGCAAUCGACUUCAUUUGGGUACUCUCGGUCCAUGAACAGGUGGCAGUCAGCAAAUCGUAACGGCGAAGAUGGUAAUGAUUCACGAAAUGAUAGACUGCCAAUGGGAAGAUUGGUGCGCCAGAAAGUUCGUGUUUCGAGAAAUCAUAUUUUGCAUAGCGCAAUCAAAGUUAUGAAUUUGUGCGGUUCAUCGCCCAAUAUCUUAGAGGUGGAGUUUUUUGAUGAAGUAGGAACAGGCUUAGGACCUACUUUAGAGUUCUACAGCUCGGUAUCUAAAGAAUUUUCACUCAAGAAAAACAAAAUGUGGCGUGAGGGCGACAGUCACAAGGACAGUGAUUAUGUGUUCGGUAACCAAGGACUGUUUCCAGCACCUCUAAGUAAGCACCAGCUAGAGAACACAAAUAGCCGCAAAGUACUGCAACUUUUUAAGACUCUAGGAACGUUUAUUGCACGAGCACUAUUGGAUUCGAGAAUAAUUGAUAUUAAUCUGAACCCAAUAUUCUUUGCAUUAUCACGAAGCAAUUCAGGUUUGAAGCCUAGUAUAAGCAUGGUUUCAGCAGUAGACAAGCAGCUCGGUAAUUCGUUGUUGAUGAUUGAGAGAGCUGCUCGGAAACAGCGCCAAGAAAAGGAUACCGUCAGUACAGAGCAGGAAGCAGAAGAGUCUAUACAAGUGUUGAUUGAAGACCUGGCUUUGGAUUUCACACUUCCUGGCUAUCCAGACAUCAAUCUAAUAGAAGAUGGAUCACAUAUUCCCGUUACGAUUGAUAAUGUCAAUGAGUAUCUUGAUCUUGUGGUGGAUAUGACUAUUGGAUCGGGUAUUUCUAAACAAAUCGAGCAAUUCCAAACCGGAUUCUCUGAAGUUUUUCCAUAUUCAGCCCUCAACGCUUUUUCACCACAGGAGCUUGCUGUUCUAUGUGGACAGGGUGAAGAGGACUGGUCUUACGAAACCCUUUAUGAAAGUAUCAAAGCUGACCAUGGAUAUACGAAGGGCAGCAAGAUCAUUAGAGAACUAUUAGAAGUAAUGACAUCAUUUAACCCACAGGAGCGCAGGGCAUUUUUACAAUUUAUGACUGGUAGCCCCAAUUUGCCCAUUGGAGGAUUUAGAGCGUUAAACCCUGUCUUCACAGUCGUUUGGAAACAAAACGAGGAACCAUUCAGCAGGGACGACUAUCUUCCAAGUGUUAUGACAUGCGCCAAUUACCUAAAACUUCCUAACUACAGCUCUAAGGAGGUACUUGAGGAGCGCCUCAAAACGGCAAUGUACGAAGGUUCCGGAGCAUUUUUAUUAUCAUAA